AAAUGCUAUUUGCAUAUCGAUGAUUGCUUAUGUUUUCGUUUCUUUUCUUUUUUGCAUUGAAUUUUGUUAUUCUUUCUCAUUAUUGAAUUGCAAGAUUGCAAGUUUUAAAGUGCAGAAAUUUAUCUUUAAUCUCUUUACAAACACGUGCGAGCUGAUAACGUUCACGCACAUAAUGUUAUGUCUCCAGUAAACAAAUUAUUUAUCAGUUACGGGAUUUAUUGGUCCAUGCGAUAAAUUAUGAUAAAACCUGAUAGGAAGCCUUAAUCGUUUAUAUAAACCGAGUAAUUCUUGUGCCUUCGAUAGAAGAAACAGUUUCACCGUCAAAGUCACUCAGAUAACCACUUAAAUAUUUUACACUUUUAAUUCUGCAUUAAUGUGUAAAUGUGUAAUUAAAAAUAUGUCUCCAAAAAUUGUUGUCGUUGGUUCGUGCAUGAUUGAUUUCACUUGCUAUUCUCCACGCUUACCUAAACCUGGUGAGACCAUAAUUGGUAAAAACUUUGAGAUAAAGUAUGGUGGCAAAGGUGCAAACCAAUGCAUAGCUGCCGCAAAGCUCGGUGCAUCUACAGCAAUUGUUGCUUGCUUAGGUUCAGACAUAUAUGCUCAAGAAUACUUAAAAAUAUUUGAGAAGGAGAACGUGAACAUCAAUCACGUUCAAAUACAGAAGGACCAGCACAGUGGCGUAGCGCAUAUCAUCGUUGACGAUAACGGGCAAAACAGCAUAGUGAUCAUAUUAGGAUCGAACUCGUCGUUAAAUGAAAAACAAGUGGACGCUGCGGCUGAAGUAGUCAAAGACGCUGCCGUUUUAUUGUGUCAAUUGGAGAGUUCCCUGGAAGGUACACGGCACGCUUUAAAGCUCCAUAAAGGCCACGGUCUGUCGAUUCUGAAUGGGGCGCCUGCGAUGGAACACAUUGACGAGGAGCUUUUAUCACUCUGUGACAUAUUCUGCUUGAACGAGACCGAGGCAGAAGUAAUGACCGGGGUGGAGACACUAGGGCUAUCAAACGUGCAAAAAGCCAUUGAUAAGUUGCUGGACCGCGGUUGCAACACGGUUGUUCUCACUUUGGGAGAAUUGGGAGCGGCGUUCGCAUCCAAGGAGUGUAGGACUGCCACUGUAAUUCCCAAUGCCAAAAUUGUGCAACCCGUCGACACAACUGGAGCCGGGGAUGCAUUUCUGGGAGCUCUUGCAUAUUUCAAAGCGUAUCACCCAGCGCUUCCGAUGAACGAGUGCAUCCGAAGAGCCUGCGUGAUCGCCACGGAAUCCGUCCUGAAACUCGGCACACACAACAGUUUUCCAACCAGGGACAACUUGUCACCGGAAUUGUUUGUAUGAGACAAUAAAAAACGAUUCUUGUACCAUUAGCGUA